ACCCUCGUCGAGGCAGGACCUUGCCGCGUCGCGCCGCGCCGCCCUCCCCGCCGCGCUGUACCGUGCCGUGUCGCCGCUCGCGCCCGCCGUGCCCGCCGUGCCUACCGUACCCACCGUACCCGGGUGGGUUGUCUUGCUCGGGGUGCUGACCAUGCGACGACAUCCAUCGCGCGUCUGUGCCGGCGGCCGCCCCCGCGUCAUCAUGUGCAGUGCAGUGUAGUGCAAGUGUAUAUAGUGGUGAAUAGUGAAGUGUGUAGUAGUGACCGGCGGCAGUGCUGCGUCCUACAGUGUGUCCCUGGAAGGAAAACUUAUUACAGUGCUUUAACGCGUGGAUUGCCGCUGUCUUUUGGAUUAACCCGUGGUUCAGGUCGCCAUGCCGCGGCGGUACCAACGGGCUCCGCGGGGCCGCGAGGAGCUGAGCCCGAGCUGAUCGCCUCACCCGGAUCGACAUGGCGGCUGCCACGGUGAUGCUGCUGGUCGCCAUGGCGACGCGGCUCAGCACCGCCGUCCCGCCGGAGCCGCCGCCGCCGCCAUCGCCCGCCAACUUAGGCGAUUCCCUCAACUUCCAGAAAAACCUGCCGGUGCGGGUGGUCUGGGCCGCCCACGGCAUGGACGCCGACCUGCCGUGCAACGUGUCGGCGCCGAUACGCGACGACCGGCCCAACAUGGUGCUCUGGUUCAAGGACUCGGAGGGCGUGCCUCUAUACACCUUUGACAACCGGAACGGCGACCUGGACCGCGCGGAGCACGGCGCCAUCGCCAGGCCCAAGGCGGGCAAGGGGAGGUACUUCUUUCUCACCUCUGCGAACGGGGUGCCGCUGCCGCCGUCCGGUCCCAGGGCGUCGCCGCACAACUGGGAGGCCGACGACGAACUGGUGCCGAGGGAGAUGGCUCGCCUGCGCAUCCUGAACGUGAGCGACGAGGACGCGGGCGUGUUUCGCUGCCGGGUGGACUUCCUCAACUCGCCCACGACCAACUUCAGGGUCAACCUCACGCUCGCAACGCCCCCUUCCGCGCCGGUCGUCACGGAUGCCACCGGAGUGGAGAUCGGCCCCACGGUCGUGGCCGGGCCCUUCCAGGAGGGAUCCGAGAUGCAGCUGUCGUGCUCCGUUAGUGGUGGCCACCCUCGGCCCGAGGUGACGUGGUGGCUGGGCGGCACGCUCCUGGACGUCGACGUGGAGACCAAGUCGUCGUCGGAGACCAUCAACCGGCUGCGGGUGCAGGUCACCCGGGAGCACCACGGGGCGCUGCUGCAGUGCCGGGUGGCGCCGCUGCCGGGGGCGCCCUACCAGCACCGCGACGUCCAGAUCAACGUCUAUCUGAAGCCCCGGACCGUGCGGAUCACGACGGCGCUGGAGUCGGUGCCGGCGGAUCGGCCGAAGCAGGUGCGCUGCGAGACGGAGGGGUCGGUGCCCGACGCGGUCAUCACCUGGCUGCUGGACGGCGAGGCGCUCAGCAACACGGCGGUGGUGGUGACGGACGACCGCCACGUGACCAGCUCGACGGUGACGCUGCAGGCGACGGCGGAGGACGACGGCAAGGUGCUGACCUGCCACGCCGAGAACCCCCACAUCCGCGGCGGCUUCGUGGAGGACCGGCGCAAGAUGAAGGUUGCCCACGCGCCCAUCGUGUCCAUCUCGCUCGCCUCGGCCGUGCAGACCGACCAGCUGAAAGAAGGAGACAAAAUCAGCCUACGCUGCGAUGUCCGUGCCAACCCGCCCGCCGACAGAGUGUCGUGGUAUCAUGGGAGCCGCCUGCUGCGGUCGGACAGCGACGCGGCGGCGCGCCACCGGCUCACGUACGCGCUGGACCUGUCGCCGUCCUCGGCGGGCGAGUACUCGUGCGCCGCCACCAACAAGGUGGACACGGGCCGCUCGCAGCCCAUCAACGUCAGCGUGCAGUUCAAGCCGCGGUGCCGCGAGGGCUUCGCCAACCGGCGGCUGGGCGCCAUCAAGGGCCAGCCCGUGGAGGUGCGGUGCGAGGUGCUGGCCGAGCCCACGGCCGACCUGCGCUUCUGGUGGACCUUCAACCGCAACAAGGACAGCCGCGUGGCCAUGCCCGCGCACAAGGUGCGGCAGAACGGCACCGUCUCCUACCUGCCCUACACGCCCAACGGCGACCAGGACUUUGGCACGCUCGGCUGCUGGGCCAAGAACGACGUCGGCGCCCAGGAGGUGCCCUGCUACGUGCACAUCAUGCCUGCAAGUAAGUCCGCCGGUCACUGACGUCUCACCCUGCACGGGAGUCAUACCAAAUAAAACUUCAAUUUUUA